AGAAAGCGCGAAACUGAACAAUAAGAAUCAACAUUAUUAAUAUGGUAGUGAAAGCGAAGAACCCUACGAAGAACUUUGAACGCCGACUGGUCAAGUUUCAUGAAUUGCCGGAAUACUUGCAAGACAACGAGUUUAUUUUGGACUAUUACCGAUCGGAAUGGCCUCUGAAGCACAUUUUGUGGAGCGUCUUCUCAUGGCACAACGAGACCCUCAACAUUUGGACGCACUUAAUCGGUUUUCAGAUAUUCGUAGCAUUGACGGUGAUCAGCUCGACGGAGACGGAUCAGAUCGGGCUCCUUGAUUGGGUCUCGAAGUCCUUAUGCUACUCCAGAGCUCCGGCGGUAGGUUUCUUGACGCCGACGAACGAGAGUACCUGCUUAGGUGGCUACUCAUUCCCGGAAUCCCAUUUAAGACACAUUUCGGAGUCGUCAAUCCUUGACAACCUCAAAGAACAUGGUGCAGAACAAAUUCCCAGGUGGCCAUGGUUUGUUUUCUUAGCUGGAGCAAUGACCUGCUUGAUCUGCAGUUCUCUGUCCCACCUCUUUGCAUGCCACUCCAAACGCUUCAACCUCUUCUUCUGGCGUCUAGACUAUGCCGGUAUCUCCCUCAUGAUAGUCUCCUCCUACUAUCCCCCCAUUUACUACGCCUUCUUCUGCAGCCCCACCACAAGAUUCUUCUAUCUAACCUCAAUCUCUGUUCUUGGAGCCCUCGCCAUCAUUGCCCUUCUCUCCCCUGCUCUCUCUGCGCCUCAGUUUCGAUCCUUAAGAACCUCCUUAUUCCUCACCAUGGCCUUCUUAGGUGUCAUUCCGGCGACUCAUGCUGUUGUCCUCCACCGGAGCAACCCGUAUAUAUUUGUUGCAAUUGGGUAUGAACUUGCCAUGGCUUUUCUCUAUGUCACAGGUGCUGCGUUUUAUAUCAGCAGAAUGCCAGAGCGUUGGAUGCCUGGAGCAUUUGAUAUUGCAGGGCACAGUCAUCAGAUUUUUCAUGUGUUUGUUGUUCUUGGAGCGCUUGCACACAGUAUUGCCACUCUAGUUAUGUUGGAUUUCCGAAGGUUAUCGCCAACCUGUGCAAAUUUAUCUAAGUUUAUUGGCACACGUCAGAUAUUCAUAUCAUAAGAGGUUGUGACACCAAUUUAUGCGUAGAUACCCUGCAUAUAGUUGUCUGUUGUAUCCUGUGUCUGUAUUUUUUAAGUUAGCAAUCCAUUCUGCGGUAUAAUUGCAUUAUGAUCCUAGAAAG